AUGCUUGGGGCAGGGGGACCCGGCCCGGCCAUGAGCACCCACCUAGGCACGCCGCAGUACGUGCUGUACCCCGGCGCGGCCAGGUACGGGGACUAUUACUGGCUCUCCGCAGGCAGCAUGGACAGCGCGCCCACCGAGGAGGCUCCGGCGCCGGACGCGCUCCCGCUGCCCGCGGCCAAGACGCCCAGUCCCUCAGUUGACUCUCCAGCCUCCUCCAGCUCUGGGACGCUCACCCAGUACCACACCCCCGACUCCGCCACCAGCCCCACGGCAGCGGGGAGCCCGUCUCCCCACUCCUCUCUCCAGAAGGUCAAGGCGCAAGGCAAGGGUGUGGUGAAGACGGGCAAGAGCCGCACAGCCUUCUCGCAGGAGCAGCUGAAAGCCCUACACCAGCGCUUCCAGAACCAGAAGUACCUCAGUCCCCAGCAGAUCCGGGAGCUGGCUGCUGCCCUUGAGCUCACCUACAAGCAGGUGAAAACAUGGUUUCAGAAUCAACGGAUGAAAUUUAAGCGUUGCCAAAAGGAGAGCCAGUGGAUGGAUAAAGGGAUGUAUUUACCACAGAAUGGGGUUCAUCAGGCUGCAUACCUGGAUAUAGCACCCACGUUCCACCAGGUCUUCCCUGCCGGUUCCAGCAGGAACUUCCAGGCUGUGUCCAACGUGCACCAGGCUUACAGCAGCGGCCAGACUUACGGAAAUGGGCAGAACCUGUACUCGUUCCCCUCUGUGGAGGAUGAGGGGCUCUUUGGAAAAGGUGGUACGAGCUGCAACACUCAGCAAACCAUGGGUUUAUUAAACCAGCAAAUGAACUUCUAUCACAGCUACUUUGACAAUAUAGAUUAUGUCGGCGUAGAGGUUGAUGACACCUUCAACUUCCAGAGCACCUCUGACGCUGUCACACCUUUUUCGAGCUCUCCUAUACAGAAUCAAUGCCAGUUACCUUGGCAUCCCAUGGGGACCCAGAGUGGGUAUGAGUCUCAGGUUUGA